AUGGGAAACGGCAUGAGCCAGAUCCUUCCUGGCCUCUACCUUGGGAACUUCAUCGAUGCCAAAGACCUAGAGCAGCUAAGCCGGAACAAGAUCACCCACAUCGUUUCGAUCCAUGAAUCUCCCCAGCCCUUGCUGCAGGACAUUACCUACCUCCGCAUCCCCCUGCCUGACACACCUGAGGCCAAUAUCAAGAGGCACUUCAAGGAAUGCAUCAGUUUUAUCCACCAGUGUCGCCUGCAUGGAGGGAACUGCCUCGUCCACUGCCUUGCCGGCAUCUCCCGCAGUACCACUGUGGUGGUCGCCUACGUCAUGGUCGUCACGGAACUGAGCUGCCAGGAGGUGCUCGAUGCCAUCCGAACCAUCCGGCCCGUUGCCAACCCCAACCCUGGCUUCAGACAGCAGCUGGCGGAGUUUGGUGGUGGUGCAGCCCGCAAGGUCCGCAGGUACCUGAAGCAGAGAUAUGGGACAUCCCCUUUCAACGACGAGGAAGAAAUAAAGGCCCUGCUGCCAGCAGGGAGAGGAGGACCAUCCAGGACAGAGGGAGCUGUGCAAGGACUGGUCCCAAGAGCUAGAGAUAUCAGGAGCACGACUCCCUUCUUGCUGCGGGUGAAGAGGACGUUCUCCUGCAUCCCAGCUUGUCUGAAGUGA